UUUUAUACACUCCUCAAAACCCUACCGUUGAACUCCCACUACUCUCUCUUCCUCUUCUUCACUUCAUUUCUGCUCUGUUUUUCAGUGGGAAAAAGAAAAAAAAGUCAUAGAGCAGAGCAAUGGUGCCCAUUUUCGCUUCUUUCUCUCUUUUACUCAUUUCUGCUCUCUUCAUUGUUGCAGACUGUGGUUCUAUUGGAGUAAACUACGGAAGAAUCGCCAACAACCUUCCUUCAGCUACCAAAGUAGUGGAACUACUUAAAUCCCAAGCUUUAAACCGUGUCAAAGUCUACGACACUGACCCGGCUGUUCUCCAUGCAUUAUCUGGAUCCGGAAUCAAGGUCACCGUCGACCUCCCAAACGAGCAACUCUUCGCCGCUGCUAAAAGCACUUCCUUUGCUAACUCUUGGGUCCAGCGAAACGUCGCCGCUUACUACCCUCACACUGAAAUAGAAGCCAUUGCCGUCGGUAACGAAGUCUUCGUGGACCCCCGCAAUACGACUAAGUUCCUCGUACCCGCCAUGAAGAAUAUCCACCAAGCUUUGGUUAAGUCCAACCUUCACUCGGAUAUUAAAAUCUCUUCCCCCAUUGCCCUUUCCGCUCUCCAAAACUCUUACCCGUCUUCUGCCGGAUCUUUCCGACCCGAACUUAUUGAACCCGUUUUUAAACCCAUGUUGAAUUUCCUCCGCCAAACCGGGUCUUUCCUUAUGGUCAAUGCUUAUCCUUUCUUUGCUUACGAGUCAAACACGGACGUCAUCUCCUUGGACUACGCUUUGUUUAGAGAGAAUCCGGGUGUGGUGGAUGCGGGUAACGGGUUGAGGUAUUUUAGUCUUUUCGACGCUCAAGUCGAUGCCGUUUUCGCGGCAAUGUCUGCUUUGAAAUAUGAUGAUAUUCGAUUGGUUGUGACGGAAACGGGUUGGCCCUCAAAGGGGGAUGAGAAUGAGAUCGGUGCUAGUGCCGAAAACGCCGCCGCUUAUAACGGGAAUCUGGUCCGUCGGAUCCUGACCGGAGGUGGGACCCCUUUGAGACCCAAAGCAGAUCUCACCGUUUAUCUGUUUGCCCUUUUUAAUGAAAACAACAAAGUCGGGCCUACAUCCGAACGAAAUUACGGCCUCUUUUACCCGACCGAGGAAAAAGUUUACGAUAUCCCUUUCACUGUAGAAGGGUUGAAGAAUUACCAUGACAGGCGGUCGCCGGUGGCCGGGAAUCAACCCGUCAACGGAGGAAAAGGGGGUGUGUCGAAGAGUACGACGGGGAACACGUGGUGCGUUGCAAACGGCGAAGCUGGAAAAGAGAAGCUGCAGGCAGCUCUAGAUUUCGCCUGUGGUGAAGGAGGAGCUGAUUGCCAUUCGAUCCAACCAGGUGCCACGUGUUACGAUCCCAACACCCUGGAAGCCCACGCUUCGUUCGCUUUCAACAGUUAUUAUCAAAAGAACGGACGCCACAUGGGGACGUGUUAUUUUGGCGGGGCGGCCUACGUCGUCACCCAACCCCCUAAGUAUGGUGAUUGCGAAUUUCCGACGGGAUACUGAAAGAGUGGUAGAAUGAAAUCAUGAAUUUUUAGGGUGGGGAGUAUUGUUGUGUAUUUUAGUUGGAUUUGUUAGCAACUUACUUCCUUUGUGUAUAAAUCAAUGGAUUCUAAAUAUGUUCUUCUAUUCCAUCUGUACUUUUCAAUCUCAUCAGCCAGUCCUUCCUACUAUGGGUAUUCCGUUUUAUGUAGAAGAAGACAAAUUUAUUUA